AUGUCGUUCGAAGAGAAGAUUGAUACAAAUCUAUAUUCCAGACAAAUCGGAACCUUUGGAUUUGAUAUGAUGGGUAAAUUGCAAAAACUUAAUGUGCUCAUUAUUGGAAUGAAGUCUACAGGAAUCGAAAUAGCCAAGAACCUGGCAUUGAUGGGAGUAGAAUCAAUAAAGAUUUUGGAUAAUGAUGUAGUACAGAGAAGAGAUUUGGGAGUAAACUACUUUGUAAGAGCAAGCAGCGUAGGAAAAGAGUCUAUCGCUUCAGCCUGCUUACAUAAUCUUAAGGAUUUAAAUAGAAAUGUUGAUAUAAAAGUUAUCAACAAUGUUAACGAGGAGUUGGUGGUGGGAAAUGACGUAGUAGUGUGUUGUGAUCAGAAUGUUGAAGUUUUGAAGAACUUAAAUAGAAUUUGCAGAGCUAACUCACUAGGAAAACGAAUAGGGUUUAUAGCGUGUGAUACGUUCGGUAUGAUCGGGUCUGUUUUCGUUGAUUUCGGCGACAAUUUCAUUUCUUUUGAUCCUACAGGAACUGAGCUCAAAACGGGAAUCAUAGAAUCAAUAACCAACGAUAAAGAAGGAUUGGUUACUCUGAUCACCGACGGAGUGAUAGAUUUUCAAACAGGAGAUUAUGUUCGAUUCUCAGAGAUUGAAGGCAUGACUGAACUUAACAAUAAAGAACCAGUCCAAAUCAAAGUUAAUUCUAAAAAUUCUUUUCUCAUUGGAGAUUUAUCACAUUAUACGCCUCAUACCAGUGGAGGUCUGGUGACGGAAGUUAGAUACCCAAAGAGGAUUGAGUUCCGCAGCUACGAAGAUUGUGUACUUAACCCUUCUAGCACCGGCUGUCUCUAUACAAUAGACUAUAGCCUAGUGAAUAGAGCAGAACAACUACACUGGAUUACAAUGGGAUAUAAACACGGCUCCGGUGACCCCAAAUCCACACUAACUAACGCCCAGAUGAUGAAUUCUAACGCGAAGUCAUGCGGAGUUGAGUCAGUUGACGAGGAGCUGUUCAAGAGCUUUUUCUCACAAGUUAACUUUAAAGUACCACCACUGGCGUCAUUUAUAGGUGGAAUAGUAGCCCAUGAGGUUAUAAAAUUCACGGGUAAAUACCACCCUAUUAACCAGUGGCUCUACGUGGAUUUCUCGUUACCGAAGGAGAUGCUUUCCGGUGACUUUUCAGGCAGAGGGUUUGACGAACGCUACUUCGACCAAGUUUCACUUUGGGGCUCAGAUCUGCAGAACAAACUACAAAAUUCUAAGAUUUUCAUUGUGGGAGCUGGAGCUUUGGGUUGCGAAUUUUUGAAAAACUUCGCACUUCUGGGUUGCGGAUCACAGCAAGAAGGGCUGCUAACAAUCACUGAUAAUGACCGAAUUGAAGUUUCAAAUAUUUCACGCCAGUUUCUUUUCCGCACAAGACAUGUUGGAUUAUCGAAAUCGUCAGUGGCAUGUGAAUCAGCACUGGAAAUUAACCCAUCGAUUAAAGUAAAGCCACUUGAAAUUAGAGUAGGGGAAGAAACAGAAGAUAUCUUUGAUGAGCAUUUCUGGUCAUCACUAAAUGUUGUAGUUAAUGCUCUGGAUAAUAUACAGGCAAGACAGUACGUUGAUGGUAUAUGUGUUUGGUACGAAAAGCCGUUAGUAGAGUCUGGAACACUAGGAACACUGGGGAAUGUACAAGUCGUAGUACCACACAUGACACAGAGCUACAGUGAAAGUCAAGACCCACCGGAAACCUCAAUUCCACUCUGUACACUGAAACAUUUCCCAUACCAAGUUGAACACACAAUCGAGUGGGCGAGAGAUGUGUUCGAAGGUCUUUUCACGCAAAUUCCACUGGAUAUUAAAAAGAUAAGACAAAAUGAUGAAGUGAAUAGUAGUAAUAUUGAUGUAGGAGUUACAGAAAUCCCCUACGAAAGAUUAGAAUUGAUAUCGAAACUUUUGAACUGCACGCCUAAGAAUGCAAAGGAGCAGCUGUUGAGGAUCUCCUCGGAGCUGUACAACCUUCAUUUUGUAAACAAUAUCCAGCAACUUUUAAACUCUUUCCCAAAAGAUCAUGUACUGUCAGACGGACAAAAGUUUUGGAGUCCACCCAAAAGGCCACCAACACCGCUCACAUUUGACCUCAGCGAUAAAAUCGUCCAGUUGUUUAUACUCUCAACAACCAAGAUUUUUGCGUCAAUGAUGAAUUUGGAUCUUGAUGUGGUAGAAUCAGAUAUUCUUUCACUAAGAGGACUUAGACUUCCGGAAUUCCAACCAAGAGUCCUCAAAUUAUCGCAAGACAAACUUAACGUAGAAGUACAAUCUGAUACAUCCGCAGAUAGUAACCCAUUAUUAAAUGAAAUUACGAACUCAAACAGAACAUUAAACGCAGUGGAAUUUGAAAAGGAUGAUGAGAGCAACUACCACAUUGAGUUCAUCUGGUCAGCAUCAGUGCUCAGGUGCCGCAACUACGCAAUAAAAGAGUGCAAUAAAAUGAAAGCAAAAUUAAUAAGUGGGAAAAUCAUACCAGCAAUAGCAACCACCACCGCAAUGAUUGGAGGGCUGGUGACCAUAGAGUUCCUUAAGGCACUCUGCUACCGAAGCCUUAAGAUCAGUCACUUUAGGAACGCAUUUGCCUGUUUGGCAACACCAAUUUGGCUUCAAUCGGAACCUCUACCACCAAUUCCAACCAAAGAUAAAGAUUACGACCCUGUAACUUGUGGUCCAGUUCGUGCUCUUCCUCCCAAUUUCACGGUCUGGAAUAAGUUGAUAGUGCUGAUUCCCAACGGGACUGUGAAACAACUAAUUGAUUGGAUCAGGAGCAAGUUCAAUAUUGAAGUCAUAAUACUAUCCGCAGGGAAUUUAUGUAUAUAUAAUUCAUUUCUACCUCAACACAGAAACGAAAGGCUUAAUGCAGUUAUUACUGAGUUAGUGGAAAGGCUAGGGAAGAAGAAAAUCGGAGUCAGAUGCUCACACCUCGUAAUUGAUGCCAGCUGCACUGACUCAGACGACGUCGAUGUCGUCAUCCCAACCAUUAAAUUCCAGUUCAGAUAA